AUGCAGUCUAAAUCCACGAGCACCGCUACCAACGGGGACAGUGUCGACGAGUUGAUGGAAGAGUCUGUCUUCGAGCAGAUAUGCGACACGAUAUUCGUUCUGAUCCCCGAAGUGCCCCGACUGAAGCAGCUGUUUCUAAGCUGGAGCCAACUAGCCGCCGAGGAUCGGGCGCAAUUGAACGCUAAAGUUGCGAACUGGUGUUGUCCGAGCAGAAGACAACUUUACAAACCCUUGCAGGAAGCUUUGAUUCGAUGGGAGGCCGUCCAAGACACCCAAGGCGCCCCUGGUUGCGAGCCAGGCAUGGUCUCGUUCUCGUGCGACCCGCAACUGGAGGAGGAGCUGGCCAGCGUGAUCUACAGCCUGGAACUGUUGUUCUCGAAGGGCCGCAGGCCCUGGGAAAUCGACACUGACUACGAGGUCACCCGAUCCACCAGCGUGAUGAGGGAGGUGUCCUUGAACCUGAACUGCGAGAACAACCUGCGAUCGGUCCUCACGCCGAAGGACAAACUACCGCACUCCGUCCACAGCUGCGGAUACAUCGCGGACUUCAAGAAAUCCGACGACGACCUGAGCGGAUACCUGACCAAUUAGGCCAUUCGAAACAUGGCAGAACGUCUCGCUAAUCUGUGCCCAUUCUCUCUGACAAGUGUUACAAUGAUUCUCGCUUCUAAUUUUCGCGCGACGAUAUUAACGAUACGUACCAAUUGUAAGUACGAUUCGGCAAUUGUUCGGAAAGUUCGGGUUGUCUUUUCUGCCUUGAAACUGUUCGGCCGACUUAUCGAAUCGUUCGUUCGUAGUUACCGAUUGUCGACGAUUAUAAAAGAAACGUGCCGCAUGGUUCGAUUGAUCGUA